AUGACUAGAUCAAAAACACCACCAAAGCCUCAGAUGGCUACACCAGAUACAUCAAAGCCCCAGAUGGAUCUAACCAAGGACCAAGAGUAUGAAAUCUACGUCGCUUACAAGCACGUUUUCAAUGGGUCAUACAAAUGUUAUCGAAAGCCCUCAUAUGUGAAGGGACACAUCGACAACCCGCGAGCUCACCCCGUCGCUGCUGCUGUGCUUGAAAAAUACGGCAGGGGGACGGUUAUAAGGGUUGUUCUCGCACUGCUUCAAGCCAAAGUUUUUAAGAACGAGAAAUACGCCAAAGAGCGAUUCUCCACAACAGAGUCAUUGCCAUCGCUGCCUCCAACUCCAGAGCUCGAUGCUUCUGAGCCGAGCGAGGUGGUCCAGCCCCCUUUGGACUUGGAACAGAAGGACGACACUUCAACUAACAUCGAUCCUCCACCGAUUGUAUCUGAAGGCCCUAUCGAGGUGAUAGAGCCUGUAAAGGUUGAGCAAGAGUCGGAUGUUCAAGUAUCGCAAGUCGCCGAUGAAUCUUCGGCAAAAGAAGAAACCCCUCCAAACACAACAUCAUCGCCUGUGAAGACGACGGAAGCAAAGGUCCCCACCUCCCGUCCCGAUAUUAGUGAUGACGUUCGCAUCCUUUCCCCUCCUCAAUCAUCUGCCAGUUCCCAGAAGAAGAAAGACACAGCAGCUGCGUCAACCGUGUCAACCCAGGCCAAGCCACCUUUCAUAACACAACACCUCGUCCUGAAGCGUAUGCAAACUAUCUUGGAGCACGCAUGCUUUGACUUUGCUAGAGAGAACAUGCCUGACAUCCUGGCAAUUCUGGAAUGGGACUGUCCAGAAGCAGGUGAGUUGGAUAUAUGGAUGCGCCACCUUGGAGGAAAGAGGUUCAAGGAGUUAGAGAAACUUGCUGGCUCGAAAGACGUAAAGGUUCCUCUGAGGCUUCUUAUGGCCUCAAUGGCACGACUGCGCAAUGCCGCUGUUCAUCGUGAUGUGGUCGCUAGCCGCGAGCUCACACUAUUGGCAGGCCACGCUGUUCAAUUCUGCAGUGUUCUUCAAAUCCCGGGUUCGGAUGCUCUGGGUAUACUCCAGACGAUUCGAGACUCUCUCGAGACUCAACUUGGGGCACUUUCUGGUCUGAAAGACGACAUUGAUGCUGAACUCGACAAUAGCCUCAAGGAUAUAGCUAGACGUCGAGCGGAGCUAGAUGCACUCGAGGAGAGUACCAUCCAAGAAGCACAGAAGGAGUUCGAAAGUCAACAAACUAUUACCUGGAACGAGGUAGAUCGUCUGAUUCCUUUCAGGCACAACGAAUUCUCUCUCUUGAAAGUGCCUAUGGAACCAUUGGGAGGUGUACCGCCCUCCUGGUAUAAUGCUCACUUCAACCGUUCGCCCCUAAUGGGGAUUUUCGACGAGCCUAGUCGACUAGAUAAACUGACGCGCAAUUGGAGCAAGAUUCCCAGGUUACGCAAUGGAGGCUUUGAGAAGUCGAGCUACCUCUUUUUUCUCGCUGAUACGCCGUAG